CCCGAAAUCUAAAUCUAAUCCUUAAAUCUACCAUCUAGUCCGAUACCCUUGAUCACCUACCUUGUCGUUCUAAUUUAUCGUCAGACCGACUUAAUAGAUGGCCUAAUAUUCCAUUAUGGCGUUUCUUGUUGGCAGCGCGGAGCCUACACUCCAGCGCCUCGCCGUUCCCGCCGUUUGUCUUCUAAUCGCCUUCCUCGCCUACACAUCACAAUGGCUUUUCGCCAACUCCCCGGAUCUCGCACCCGGCCCGCUUACUACCACCGAGACCUACACAUUUAACACCCUGCUCGUAUGCCUUUGGUACACUUACUAUAAAGCCUGUACUGUCGAUUCCGGCCGAUACGUCUUCCCAUCGAAUAUCAAGAAAAAACAGAAGCAGAAGAAAGAGAAGGACCACGAUGAUUCGGACGCAGAAGCAGCAACGACGGCAUAUAUAUCCGAAGUAGGAGAUGGAGCAAGAAGAGGACAACUUCGUCGCUGGUGCAGAAAAUGCGCCGCUCCGAAACCCCCUCGCGCGCACCACUGUCGCACGUGCCGUCGUUGCGUACCAAAGAUGGACCACCAUUGUCCUUGGACUUCCAACUGCGUCUCGCUACAAACCUUUCCGCAAUUCCUACGUUUCCUCGUAUACACAAACAUAUCCCUCUGGACCCUACUCUACUUCCUCGCGCAGCGCUUCCUCGCUCUCUGGGAUGUCCGUCAUUUACCCGCAUACCUAGGCCCCACGCUAUCCCAACUAGCAUUCCUAACAGUCCUCUCGUUCGUGACGGGAAUGACAAGCCUAGCCUUGGCAAUCUUACUAUUUACAACGCUUAAGGGGUGGGUGUUAAAUAUGACUAUGAUUGAGAGCUGGGAAGUCGAACGUCAUGAAGCUGCCCUCGAACGCCGAUACCAUUCUUCGUCCGAUACGUGGUGGUCCUCUAACGAACGAGCCCCCGGCGGCGAUCGCGAUGCCCCGCAUUUAACCCUCGAACCUGUCGAGUUUCCGUAUGAUAUUGGGUUUUUCGCGAAUAUGGCUGCUGCUAUGGGCACGAGUAACCCGCUUUUCUGGUUUCUGCCGUUUGCUGGCGGACCUGUCGUCGCGCCGUACCCGUAUGAUGACGAGAAUCCUCAGGCGAGUAAUAAUAAUACAACGGGGUGGGAGUACGAAGAAAAUGGCAUGAAUGAUCGUGAGGGGUUAUGGCCACCUGCGGACCCGGAUAAGCUCCGACAUGCGAAGACUUGGCGUGAUCGUCAGCGUGAGGCUGAUCGUGCGCUGGAGUUGGAGAGGUAUGAUCGCUCGCAGGGCGAUCUGGUAGAUGAGAAAGAAGCUUUCCGUCGCCGACAGGAACGCGAUUUGAGACGUUGGGAGGCUUCACGAUCGCGGAUUCUAGGAGAAUUAGAAGAGUUGCCGCCGGGAUCUUAUGAUGAUUAUGAUUUCGUUGAUGAGGUGUAUGAUCAUCCGUCUACCCUGGGUAGAGAUCAAGGCAUGGGGAUACGACGUCCUCGGCCAGAUGCCGCGGUUAUAGCUGAUGAGGGGAAAUCCGGGUGGGUUAAUGCUGAUGGUGAACAAUUAGGUGACUAUGGCGUAGACGAGGAUGCGGAGUUCGAUGAGCCUCCGCAGGAGAUAAUACAUAAUGUAGAGGAUGAGGAUGUACCGCUUGCGGAGUUGAUAAGACGGAGGAAAGUACGAACAAAAGAUGAUGAGGAUACGUGAUGAUUUAUUUACCUUAAUAUUAGAUGGAAAUAGCAUAUCACGGAUUUUAGAAUGAAUACCAAAACAUGGUCUA